UCUUCCCACUGAUGGCGCUUCUGUGAAUUCUAUCGUUUUUCGAUAAUUCUAUCAAUUUGUAGCCAGCUCUAUUGCACAUGCUGGAUUUUUUUAAUUUUUGAGUGGAAAAAAGUCUUAGAAAGUAAAUUUAUUGACCAUAAGUGAAGAUCCAGGGCGUUUGAAAAGAUAUUGAGGGAAAAGAUCGUGAAAAGCAUAAAUUCUGCAGUGUUGAAAGGCUCGACGAAAUCAAAUGUAAAUCAUUUUUGCGAAAUAGGCGUGCUCAGUUCGGAUGUGAAGUCGCAUUUUACUGGUGAGAUUUUCGUGGGAGACGUCUCGUUUGGUCAAGCAUUAUUAGAAAAUGGAUAAGCCCGAGCUACACAGCUUUAUGGGGCCUCCGCCGGCUGUAGCCAAUUCCAGCAACAACAAUGCUGCUGCCUCUUUUCCAGAGGCGUCAUCGGCUGGCGAUAAAAGUGCACCCCCUCCCAAGCGAAUUAUCAAGAAAAUUAACCUGGACUUCAAGAAGCUCAAGGAAUCUGGGCUCGAUCGCAAGCUGGCCGAGGCUCUGAGCAAACAUAGUCCAGGAGCCAAGCCGGCAAAGUCUUCAAUCCCCUCUGCUCCUGCUGCUGCAGCUGCAUCUGCAUCUGCAUCGCCCUCGACGUCGACUGCUGCGCAACAGAAGCCACAAUUGCGUCAGCCUGCGCCACAGCCAAUAAAAAAGAGAGCAAUGGUGUCGGAUUAUAUUGAAAAAAUAGUGCCUGGCCAGACGAAUGUGGACAGUUCGAUGCAUGUUAAGGCUCUGCUUAAAAGCCGAAUCCUUAACAAGAGUAUGGGUGGUAUGCCGGCCAAGUAUUCAGCAUCCCGACCACCGCCAUCUGCUGCUCUGGGAUCCCCUGACUCAUCGCCCACACCUGGGGUUUUCUCGGUGCCCAUAGCCAAGGCGGAUGUAACAGUGCGCCAGAAGCAGCCACCAUUGCUGCUCAAUUUGGUGAACAAGUUACCCAAAUGUCGGUCCCUGUGUACGUCUUCUAGUUACAGUAGUCAAAAAAGAAGCACUUCCAAGGAACAGCAGGGGGUUCCACCAAAGGCUCCUGAGAUUUCUCAAAAGCCUGCUCCUUCAACUCCAGUAGUGCCUCAGCGGAAUUGCACAAAUACCAUCCAGGAACAUAAUAACAUGACAACUAGUCCUCACCCGCUUCCUCCACCACAGCUAACUCCUCAAACUCCAAUCGUUCUACCACAAAGCAGCAAAAGCUCUCUGCCUCCAUUGAUUGUGCUGGAGAACAAAGUGCUGUCCCCGGAUGAGAAGAUAGACUUGAGUAGCCUUGCCAUUCAACAGGUGAAGCCCCUGGAAAAGACCGAUGUGAUUUCUCCUCCAGUUCAGGCACCAAUCUCCACAAAUCCGGCAAAGGGCAAGGUAAUCCUAAGCACCCAAAAGCUGAAGCUGUCACGCGAGAAGCUCUCUGAGAUGGCCAACGAGAUUCGCAACCAGGUGAAGAAGGUGGAAGCUAUCCCGCAGCUCGAAACAGUUCCCACAUUCAAUGCAUCAUUGAAUACCAAACCCAGUAAUGUGGAACCAUUAACCAUUAAUAAGGAAUGCACUCCCGAAGUCUAUAAUUCAACCAUGGAAACCCCGACUGUAAAAUCGGGAGAUGUGUCCCUCUUUUCAUCCCCAGUUAAACAAUCAAAGGAAUUGCUGUCUUCGGAGUCUGUUGAGGUUUCCACUGAUACUCUAUUGAUUACAGAGCCGGAGGAAGUGCCUGUAUAUAAUCCUUGCACCCCAGAACCAGAAGAGUUGCUUGAAGUUACAAAUAUAGAGACCAAAACUGCGACUCCAGAGACAAAUCAGUUGUCUAAAGAAGACACUUCUACUUCCACAUCCAAGGUUUUGUCCGCCGUAGACUUCAUAGCCCAGCUCACAGCUGAAAAUACUCUGGACGACAGCAGUUUCAUGGAAUUAUCCCCCGAAGAACAGCGUUUGAAUGCCCUUUUUGGAGGCGGCGGCGGCUUCGGUGUUUCUUCUGCAAUGCCCGUACAAGAGCCGGAGAAGGUUGAAGUGAAUACGGAAAUUCAAAAGGAACUCCCAAGGCCCGAGCCGACUGUCUUUGUGGAAACCCCGGCAGAUGAGGAGCUGGCGAUUGGAAAGAUUUUGAAAAUGGAUGACGUGAAUAUAUUGCACGCCACAUUGGAUGUGAACAGUGAUAGUACCAACAUUCUUCGCAUAAGUCCCAAUGCUGUAAAGUUGCAGAAGAGUGUCGAAGUCUUGGAGAAGAUUGCGGAAGAACCAAACUAUGUGGAGGCCGAUGAGGUUCCUAGCGAAAAACCAAAUCUUGCUGCCAAUAUCUUAGUAGAACAACCAAAAAAUUCAAAUGACGUGGAAGUGCCUUCGGAGAUGAGAGAUCCGGAACCAGAAAAGGAGGUAACUCCACCUGUAAGGAAGCAGCCGAUGAGGUCCAAGAGAGCCAAGAUUAAUUUGGUCCAACGGACUAAAAGACCGAGUGCUGCGAAGGCGACUGAAGCCAAGAGACCCAAGCCAGAGUUUGAGGAAAAUGAUGAGCCGGCGGCUGAGGCAGAGCGAAAUGGAGAUAUGGAGAUAGAGGUAAUUGCUAAUUUCGAUAAUCCAACCUCAGACAUAGUUAGCCCUAAUGUAUCUAGUAUUACAAAUAAUCCAAAGGUGUCAUCAGAUGAGGGGCGGAGUAAGGAAGUUAAUGAUUUGGGAGUAGAACCCGACAAAGAACAAUCGCAGAGAACCACGCAGCAGGAUGAACCAGAAGUGGAGGAGGAAGAAAAUGAAGGUGCAUCGAAACCGCCAACCGACAGGGACCUAACCCAGCUGUAUCAUCCACCCAAAAUGCCAAAGAACAAAUCCCGCAAACAAAAUCAAAACCUGGAGUUAUUGGAUGAUCCACAACCCUCCACAACUGGCAGCAAUGUAUCCUUAAUAGACAUCCUUUCCCAGGAGCAACCUCCGCCGCAGGGCGAAGCCAAGAUACCAUUUCGAAAGGAGCCUGAAGAAGGGGAUAGCAUAACAUGUUCAACACCAGAAGCAAAGGGAAUCCAAAACCUAAUAAGCCACCUGGAAGCCGAAAAGGUGCCCACACAGACCAAGAAGACCUCUCCCAGUUCUGAAGAAACUCCGAAGGUGGGGUCACGAAAAAAGCUCGUUAAAACGCGUCCAAUUCUUGGCAAGAGAUCCGCCAGAGUCGCUCAAAACUCCCAGCCAGAAAAGACAACCAGUUGCAUUGACCCAGUCCCAAUUAGUAUAGAUGUUAGAAGUCGUGUCCCCACUUCCAGUACCAGUGACGAUGAUAGAUCCGAGACAGUCGAAUUGGAGGAGAAACGCACUCGAACUCCAGUUCUUUCUUUUCAAAUUGCACAAAAAAAGAUCAAUGAAACGGACAUUAGCGACGAUGCUUCUCCAGAUCACGAUGAGACUGAGGACGAGCAGCUGUCCCAUGUAAAAAAGCCACAAGCUAUGCCGGAGGUUACCAAAAGCGAGGAGAAAGUUGAAAUUCAUAACCAAGGAGCUGAUGAUUCCGACAGCAGUAGCCCUAGGGAUUUUUCAGAAAGUGUAGCCAUUAAUGAGGACUUAAUACAAGAAGAACAUCCAUCGGAAGAGCCAACAAAGGAUGUUUCUUCGGAACCAGGUGGCGGAGACACCUCCAGUGUAGUUGAGGAGAAUUUGGAAGACUCUUUUAGGAAACUGAAAGAUGCAAAGACUGUGAUAAACGAAAAGGUUUCACCAAUUCCCGAAAAUAGUACAAGAAGGAGCAGAAGGUCUACAAAAAAAGCUUCAGAGAAAGAACUUUCCAAACGUGAAAGUGAAAUUGAAAAUAAUGUUUCGACAGAAAAACAGGAAGAAUCGACAGUUGAAAAAUCAAAAGGGAAACGACAGUCUAGGGCGAGUUUAAAAGCUCAAAAAACCCUGAUUCUUCCAGAGGAGUCUAAGGAAUCAGAGAUAUCCAUUGCGGUUUCGUCCGCCGCGGAAGAAACUAAGAUUCCUGAAGAGCCAACUACUUCCGUCAAAUCCCUACGUCAGCGGCAAUCUCGAAGUAGAACCCCAAAAGUGGCUAAUAUUUCAACAGGAGAGAUUUCUCAACCUACAGAUAGUUCUGUAGAAAAUAUAGAAACAAAAGAGGAAAAAGAAUCAGCCUCUGACAAUUGCAAAAGUAAACGAAAGUCCCGGUCUUGCAACUCUAAAAAAACAGUCUCAAAGGAUUUGGAAAAGGUGGAAGAUAACGAGAACACCAAGACUGUAACUGGAGAUAAAAAAGUUCCGGAUGAAGAUAAGUCUGCAGAGGUAGCAUCUAAGAAGCCAAGCAGAAAACGAGCAUCUCGAAGUAAGACACCAAAAUGUAUAGAAGCAACUCCACCGGCUGAGAAACCUAUUAAUAGUAGCGAUAAGCAAGGAGAAGGAGAACUAUAUGAAACUCCACAGACAACCGAAGAACCUGAGAUUAUUCCACAAACUAGGGAAAAACGUAAAUCUAGAAGUAGAAAAGCGAUUCCAGAUAAAUCAAAAGAUUCACAGGAGCGGGAGAAUCCUGUAUCAAAGCCCGAAGAAGUGGACACAUCACAAAGUGUCACUACGAAUCUAACAGAAGUUUCUACAACCGAAGAAUCUGCAGAUAAAACUGAAGAUUUGGCUAAAGAAAGUGUUCCAGAAGAAUUUAAACUUCCUGAAAAGAGUGUGAAACCUAAAGCAACUCGAAGAUCAAGGAUUAAAGAGUCGCAACCCGAGUCACUUCAAAGUCCUGUGAUAAAUCAAGAAGUAGCUAAUGAGUCCGAUGUCGUUCCAAGUCCAGUUCAGUCCAAAAGACAAAGAAGAAGUCGCUGCGCUGAGCCGAAGUAUGUGGAUGAAGCUAAUUCUGCAAUGAAACGGAAGUCGAGGUCCCAGCCGGACCCGGAAACCGCUCCCAUACCGCUCCCCAAAGACGAAGAAAUCCAGACCCCCAAAAGAAGAAGAAAAGAACCCGAAACGCCAAAAGCUGAAGAUGUUGAACCUCCAUCGUUGGACACUCCAAAGACUCCUGCGAGAAGGGGAAGGAAGCGAGCAGCCGAAGCGGACUGUGAACUAGCCAAGAAACUGAAGGAAGAAGGUAUCACGGUUACUCCCUUUAAUCUGCGCCUGCUACUCGUCCGUAAAAGGGAGCAGUUGGAAACCGAAGAGGUAGUGACAUGCGAGGGUGAAGGUGAUGGGCCUCUGCAAUGCGGCCUGUGCCUGGCUCGCAGCUCGACGGAGAAUUGGCAAAAUCACUUGUUGGAGCACUACGGAGUGGGUUGGCUCAUUGAGAACACGCCGGAGUUGAUAACACGUUCCUCGGCAAUGGCGAUGAUGAAGGCCUUUCUACAGAAAAACCCCGAAAAGCGGCUGGUGUGCCGCAUGUGCAACAACAAGUUGACCUCUGCCCAGGGUAUGAUCCUGCAUCUGGAGAGCUGUGCCAAAAAACUUGCGGCAGUUGAAGAUACCUUUAAUGUGCGUCUGCUACUCAUCCGUAAAAGGCAGCAACUGGAAACCGAGGAGGAGUUGACCGACGAGGGCAAAGGUGAUGGUCCACUGCAAUGUGGCUUGUGUCUGGCUCGUAGCACCACGGAGAAUUGGCAGAACCACUUGUUGGAGCACUAUGGAGUGGGUUGGUUCACUGACGAACAGCCGGAGGCCAUCACACGUUCUUGGGUAAUAAGGAAGAUGAAAGAUUAUCUUAUUAUAAACCCCGAAAAACGUUUUGCUUGCCGCAUGUGCAACCAUCAACUAACUACUGCCAUGGGUAUGAUGCUCCAUUUGGAGAACUGUGGCCGGCAGCGGGUGGAAUGCGAGUUCUGUCGAAAACUUUACGCAUUCAUGUCGCUGCCGCAACAUUUGCGAACCUGUCCCAGGAGGCCCAAGGAUGGAAUUAAAGAAGAACAGGGGAAGGAAAUAAAGGAACCAGUGUCCUGCCAUGCGUCUGCUGAAAGUACCUUCAGUGCGCGUCUGCUACUCAUCCGUAAACGGGAGCAACUGGAAACCGAUGAGGUGCUGACCAACGAGGGCGAAGGAAGUGGUUCCCUGCAAUGUGGUCUGUGUCUGGCUAGUAGCACAUCAGACAAUUGGCAGAACCAUUUGUUGGAGCACUACGGAGUGGGUUGGUUCAUUGACGAACAGCCAGAGAUCAUCACACGUGGUUUGGUUAUAAAGAAGAUGAAAGAUUUUCUCCAGAAAAACCCGGAAAAGCGACUUGGUUGCCGCUUGUGCAACCAACAACUCACCUCCGCCAUGGGAAUGAUGCUCCAUUUGGAGAACUGUGGCAGGCAGCGCGUGAAAUGCGAAUUCUGUAAGAAACUGUACGCAUCUAUGACGCUGCCGCAACAUUUGCGAGUCUGUGCCAAGCGUUCCAUGAUCGAGAAAGCAAAUGAACAAGAUCCAGCGGAGGAGUCCAAGGAGUUAGUUUAUAGUAAUGCCGGCAGAGCUAAGCGCAAGUCCACAAUAAAGGCGGAAACAAAGCUGAAGAAAAUCGGUGAAGCCCUAACCAGUGAAAAUUCAGCGAUGGAAACCGACCAGCAGAAAGAUUUCGAUGGCGACUCUUCCGACUAUGAUAUGGCAAUGGAUAAGGAGUCAUCGGAUGAAUAUGCAUCGGAGGGCGCAGACUCUAACGAGGAUCCAAUUCUUAGCGAAGCUGAGAGCGAGGGCAAGGGCAACAAGAGAUCCAAAAAGUCAAAGGCAAAUGAUGCCAGCAGAAAAAAGAAUUCUCGCAAACGACCAGUAUUUCUGGGUGACGUGUCAGAGAAACCUUUGUUUUCUCGUUACAUUAACUUGGAGCUUAGGAUAGAGAAUAGAUGGAAGAAAUUCCUGCAAAUCAGUUAUGCCAAAGGAUCCUUGUUCCCGCAAUUCGAACCCAGUUACUCCAUAAUCUCUCUCGAAGAAGCCCAAACGCUGCUGCCCUCGAAUGAUUCUAAAUCCAUGAGAUAUGCUUUUGGUGGCGCCGAAAAAUCAGGUGAUUGGAAACAAAUGGGACUCUUUGAGGGUUUCAUGAAUGACGGUGAAUAUAUUGGCUAUCUUGGCGGAGCCAUUAAACAAUUGGCGUGGGCUCCUCUGCCUUCGCAAGUUAAGACCCAAUACCUACUGUGCUCCCUGCGAACAAAGUUGAAGAGCUAUACGAAGCAUGUCAAAAUAGAGGGAAAGGAGGAUGCUCUGCUGAUGCUGCUGAAAUGCUCAGUACCUGAUCAUAAUCCCAGUGAUAAUUUUUCCGCUCUUCAACUGGACCUCCACUACGGAGUUCGAGUGCCAAACGGACCAGUUCACAGCUUCGUCUUUAUGCCCAGUGGUGGCUACGAUGAGUCAACCAAUCGGUUAGGAUUACUGGCAGUGAGCAAUUCCAUGAGCGAUGUCCACAUCUACGCCCUGCCUUUGAACCUUCCAGGAGAUGAGCAGACUGGCACAGAAAGCAAUGUGAUUCAACUAAAUUCACUUCUGACCCUUAGCUUGGAUAUAACCAAUCCAGUGCAGGAUCAAUGCACUCGCAUUUGUUGGUCUCAGGCGCGGGGGCACAAUUUCCUUGUGACAGGCUAUGCCAAGGGAAACGUUGCCUGUUGGGAUAUUGGCGACACAGAAGGCCUCAAUUGCAUCAAGCAGGACAACCAACUCUACAUUGCUCCUUUGAAUUUCUUCUUCAUAGGCGAACGAAAUAUUCAGUAUUUGGAUCUUCAUUACGAUGCCAACGGACCACGUUGGUUGGCGGUCGGCACCAAUGUGCGCCGCUUUUGUAUUUUCGAUAUUAAAAACUGGUCACAACCGUAUCCCUUGGUAGAGGGCUCCAGUAUCAGCCACCUGUAUGUAACCAGCUUGUUUUGGUCGCCCAUUUGUGAGACAAUAAUUGUCGGCAGCAAUGAGCUGUUUGUGAAUCGAAUGACCCGCAAUCUGGCACUGAGCCCUUCCGGCAUUAACUACGACUACAAGACCCUUGAGAGUACGGUGUCAAGUACUCGUGCAAUGCACUCGAAUAUCCAGAAAAAUUACUUGGUUUUGGGGACGGACAACGGGGACUUGGUGUUCGUGGAUGAGCGCGAUUUAAACUUUCCACCAGCUCUUAAUAAGUCGGCGUUUAUUGUACGAGCCGUUUCCACCCUGGACUUGGUUCACUUGAGUGAAGCAACUUCAGAUCCCAAGGAUCCCAUUACCCCGGAGACCUUUUUUCGGGACUAUGCUUUGCGAAUAAAGCCUGUAGUUCCCGUGCAACCGAAAGGUAGAACCACAUACUUGAGUGAGAAGCGCAUGCCAAAAAACCUUACCAGUUUGCCCCUGACUCGAUACAACUGCGUUCACUGCAAUUGGAACAGUCCCGCCAACUCCUUGGUGGCCGUGGGCACCGAACACGGCCUGCUGCGUAUUCUCAACUUUCAGCGGGAUAAGUUCUUUCAAAGACAGCCCUAGUAGUUGUUACCCUCUGAACGAAGCACUCAUCUGAGAUUAUAAUUUAUUGUUUCUACUCAUUAAGCUGAUUAGUUGUUAGGAACUAGUUAUUGAAGUUAUAUGUGAAAAUUGUAUAAUUAUGGUUUAUUUAUAGCUGUUGUAAAAAUAUAAAUACUGCGAUUUUAUAUGGAGUUAUCUUAGUAUUUAGAAAUAAUUAUAAGUCUAAUGUGCUUCGCAAACAAAGAAUACAUUUUGUAUUAAAAUUAAAAAUUUUCAUGGA